CUGAUCAGUGUGUAAAGUGAACUGUGGGGUGACAGACACAAGUUCAGCUCUCCGACAAGCCACAGUAGGAUGUAGCUCUUGGACUUUUUACACUCAUCUCACUACAGCUGAUGUGACUAGUGGAUAGCACUGCUGUGACAACAGUGUCAUCCCAGUAGUUUUGUAUUGGCAAAUAUUUACUCAGAAAAUCUGAGAAAACUGUUUUGAUAUUGCACUCUUGCCAUGAGUAAUUUGACCGAUUUCGCCAUGUUUCGAUUUAACUUGUGGCCUAAACCAUUCUUUACCCCUCCACCAGGAAACGCAGGAAUGGAGAACACAUCAUUUGUGCCGAAUCCGUUGACAUCUCCAGCGCUCAUGGUGUUAGCGUCAACUGCAGAGGGACAUGAAGCGGCUCGAAUGCCUUCGUCCCAUCCAUUCCAAGGACAGGGACUUGACAAGGAUAUGCCUACACCUUUCAAUACCACUGCAUUUACUAUGUACAGACCAGGGGACCCAUUCUCCCCACCAAUCUAUGCCCCCCUCCCUCCCUUCGUCAGAUCCAACUUGGACAGGGGUGUGGGCCUCAUAAGCCCUGGGGUUGGGGGAGCAUUUCGCCCCCUGGGGCCGAACAGUUCUGAGGGGGUAGAGAACUACCAGUCUGCGUUUACACCAGCCAAGAAGGUGAAAUUGGACGAUUCGGGAUGUCACUAUAGUAGCAGCGAAAAUUGUGAUCCAAAUUUUAGUGAGUCGAACCCAGACUCCACGAGCAUAAGGGACUCCACACCUUUUAUUGUGAAGGAAGAACGUCCUUCUAGUAUAAGUUCUGCUGGCUGCGACACAAAUUCCGAAAACCUGUCCGAGCCUGGGGACUUGUAUGAUAGAGGAACACCAGAUUCUGAAGGAAGAAAUCUUAGAAAGCAGCGGAAGCGAAGUGUUUUGGAUGGCCAGACUCCAUGUUGCCCUGUGUGUGGUAUAACUCUGAGAGCCGGGGAAGUCGAGUCCCACUUAAACCUGGAACUUGACAAGCUUGAAAAACUCAGCAGAGGAGGAAGAAAGUCAAGGGACUCAACACCUCAAGGGAGAAAGACAUUGCCAUCACCGUCUUCCUGCAGGAAAGGGAAGGACUCACCAUCACCAGAGGUCGCAUCUCAAGCCAGAUUUGAGUCCUACCUACGUAUCCGCUGUAAUCGGCAGUCACGCCUCAGCGCUCGGUGCCGGAAUAAGAAGAAGAAGCCAUCGGAAGAAGGUUACAAGGAGACAUUAUGUCCGGUGUGUAAUGACAGACUGACAGGGAAUGCUGACGAACUCAACGCCCAUGUAGAACAGUGCUUAAAGAAGUAUCAGACCCGAGGAGACCUAGGGGAGGAUGAGCCGGUGGACGUGGAGGGGGAUGGAGACCAGUACGAGGAGUACACGUGGGCGGGGCAGACCAGGGUCAGGGCGACCACCAUGCUGCAGGGAGGGUUUGCCAAGUCAGGAUUCCAGACAAUGAACUUGCGGAGAAUACAAGAUGAAGAUAUUGAUCUCAAUGUAGAUGGGGAUGAUUCUGAAGAGUAUGGAAAACCUCAAUUUUCUGAAGUUGAUGUGAUUCCUGUCAGUGCGGAUGAACCGGGGGAGGACCGCGAGAGACAGGCUUUGAGAGGAGCGUUACUCAGUUCUGAUCCAAGUUCUUCACAUACAGAAGGACAUUCCAACUCCCCCGAGUGUCAAAGUAAGCAGUCACAUGACCACAACCACGAUGUUCCCAUGGAGGGGUCAAGUGUGAGCACGACCACAGGUUCGUCGACAUCAGAAGUUAUCGGUGCACUGCGGUCCCGACUCAGGGAUCUGGAGGAGGAGAAGUCCGAGAGACAGAAAUGUCUCAUCUGUAUGGAACCGUACCGGAAUGCCCUGACAUCAAUACAGUGCUGGCAUGUCCACUGUGAAAUGUGUUGGCUCAAAACACUGGGAGCGAAGAAGUUGUGUCCACAAUGCAACAUGAUUACCUCCCCUUCUGAUCUCCGAAGAAUAUAUCUCUAGUUCCCAUCCCAUCCACCAGGUGUCCGUAGGCUUGUAGUCUUGUUUUCAAUCAGGGACAAUUUCCAUUGGCUGUGGAUACUCGUCGUAUGUGGCUUAGCCAAUCAGAAGUCAGUACCAGGAUCUGAAGGAAGCAGUACAUGAGGUCUGAAGAGCUGUCCUGUUGGUGCAGAGUGUUAAAUGUGAAAAUGUAAAUAAAUAAAGGUUUUAUUGCCAAAGUAGACCACUGUAAUGUAAAAAUACCACACUGUACAGAUAAAUUAUAUGAUGUGUUGUUAUAACUUUGAAUAAUGCAUAGUCGAGAAGGACUAGUUUUGUUCUGUUCCCCCGAUUUUGUGGAUGUUUUAUGGUUUGAUCAUUAUCAACCAGUAUUAAUGUUGAAAUCACCCCAAAUGAAGUUUUCACUUGCCUGAAACAAAGUUGUCAUUUACCUGAAUGAAAAUUUGUUGUGGAAAUUGCACAAAGCGUCAUAAACCUAUCGCAUUGAACUUAAAUUACAAAUUAAUAUGAUGCCUGUUUUCAUACUUUCAUUUCAUCAACAAAUGAAUUGUUUUUAUUUCAUAAAGCAAGUUGAUUAAUAAUCAGUUCAACACAGGUUAUAUUCUUCAGAAGUUCAAAUGCUUAUUGUCAUUAAGUCAAAUGUUUGGGUAAAUAUUCAUAUGUACUAUGACUAUUUCAAAUGUGGAAUUAUUGGUUUCUGUCAAAUCUGAAACAUCUGUCAGGAAAUCACAGUAUUACAAUCUGGAGACGUUAUAUCAAUUUGUGAUGGAACCGUCAAGGCAUAAUACUUGAGUUGUUGGUAUUUAAUUAGGAAAGAGUUUACCCAGUGUGGACAGAUCCUGUUAGUCCAGAAAUCCUUACUAUAUUGUGGUUUGGAAAAAACACAGCAGUUCGACUCAUUGAACCUGAAAAUUGAAUACUAGUAUCAGUAUGGGGCUUUAAUGUAUUCAGGAAAAAGCAGAUUGGUCACAUGAGCAUUGAAGUCGAUCACACAUUUACAAUAGGAAAUACAAUGUAAUAAAUCUCUAAAGAAAUUAAACACCCCAUCCUACAGUUUGAAAACAAGGUCUUGUGAGUAAAAUGAAGUUAUCCAAGCCAAUUGUUUUUCACUGUUGUGUACGUUACUCAAAAGAAGUUAAAGGGGCCGUGGGGUAGCCUAGUGGUUAAAGCAUUCGCUCAUCACGCCAAAGACCUGGAUUUGAUUCCCUAAAUGGGUACAAUGUCUGGUGUCCCCCGCCGUGAUAUUGCUGGAAUAUUGCUGAAAGCGGCGUAAAACUAAACUCACUCAAAAGAAGUUAAAGAACACCAAACGUUCCAUAUGAAAUAUCAGACUGACAUAUGAAGGAAAUAAGGUGAUCUUUCAAAGGGUUUGAGUAGUAUAUGAUGGUAAUGCCCUACCCAUGGGCGUAUAUCUUGUCACCUGCAAGUGUUCUAGACAGGUAUGUAUUCUAAUGAUAGUCGGGCCGGUGGGGUAGCCUAAUGGUGAAAGCGUUUGCUUGUCACGCUGAAGACCCGGGUUCGAAUCCCCACAUGGGCACAAUGUGUGAAGCCCAUUUCUGGUGUCCCCCGCCGUGAUGUUGCUGGAAUAUUGCUAAAAGCGGCGUAAAACCAAACUCAGUUAGUCUAAUGACAGUCAUAUAAUUUGCCCCAAGAUAGGAUAUGUGUAUUUUAUGACACACUAUGCUCCUACAGAACCUGCUUGUGUUGUGUGGCCCUGUGCAUAUUGAGAUAAUGUGAUAACACCAUUAAAGAGAAAUUAUUGUUAUUAACAUGACUUUUCAAAGGACUGUUGGGAUCAUGGUUUUGGGAUGUUUUAAGUAGUUCAGGUGCAUUGCAUUUCAAGACUCAUAUAUAUAUUUUAUAAAUUGCUUAUUUUAAAUAUUGUAAUAAAAAAGUAAUUCAAUUCUUUAGAAUUUAACCUUGAAGUGUUUGACUUAAAUCAGAAGAAACUGGGUCCGUCUUUGUAAGUUUGCAUAAAAAAUAGCAAUAGUUUUGUAUUGGACCGAGUGUUUGUGAAGUCCUGUAAGCAAUGUCUUCUAUGGGUCAUAUGAAGUGCUUCAGCAUGGCUGAACCUCAAACAUUUAAGAAAUCUAAAAGACUUCUUAAGGAACAUAGAUCUAGAGUGCUCUGUGUGAUAACCAGUAUUCAGUUUGUAAAAUCAAACAUUUCUUAUGAAUAUACAUUCUUUUGCAUUUAUGUUUCAUAAAGAUAAAAAUGACAUUUUUUAAGACAAAUGCUGCUUAAGCAAGCUAAUAAGAAAUGACCUCGUACCGAUAUUAUGGCAAGAGAUACAGAUAUUAUUUUCGAACUGGUGAUCUGGAAGUGUUGCACAUUGUUCCUUACUUAUCCUGCUUCUUCAGCUUGGGCAGUCAAAUUCGAUUUAACGUUUUUGAUCCGUCAAAACUGCUAAUAUGGUUGAAUUGGGGGCUUCACUGCCACUGUAAUUAUUUAUUGAUUGUUCAGGUUUUAAUCCCGAUUUGAUGUUGGUUUGUUGCCUUAACCCAAUUCAAUUUGAGCCAUCCCCACAAAA